GUAUGAAUAGUCUGCUAGACCACCAAACACCUUCUUGCUGUGUAUGUGGGUAGUAUGGAAGGGGGGGAGAUGAUGUUAAGGUGGUGUAUAUAGAGAGGAGAAACCUGCAGUCUCUCUAAUCAUCUAGAACUCUGCCAGUCCACCACCAUGUACCUGAACCUCCUCAUCCUCCUCCAACUCCUUUCCUCUGCUGGAGCCUCUGAGAGUGGUAUUGUGGGUGGUAAGAUAGCUAAGCCCCACUCAAGGCCCUAUAUGGUCUCUCUGCAACACAGAGGACACCAUGUUUGUGGAGGAAUGCUCAUCCGGGAGGACUUUGUUCUGACUUCAGCACACUGCUUAAGGAAUGCUUAUCCUUUAACGGUGGUGCUUGGAGCCCACGACCUAAAGAAGUGGAAGAAGAGUUGUCAGAAGAUUCAGGUGUCCCAUUACCUUCGGCAUCCAUUACAUGAGAAUGCAACGCAGAACAGUUAUGACGUCAUGCUACUGAAGUUAAGGACCACAGCUCGUCUAACCGAGUAUGUGAAGGUCAUUGGACUCCCAAAGGAGGAUGAACAUCUCCCAGCAUCCCCCAAAUGCUCCGUAGCUGGUUGGGGCAAGACUAACUCGAACAACAACCAGGGUUCUGGCGUUUUGAUGGAAGUGGCAGUGACGGUGGAGGAUGACUCUGAAUGCAAGAAGGUGUGGGAGAAAUACUUUGACAAAAAACAAAUGAUGUGCACUCGUACUACCGGAGGGAAAGGAUUUUGUCAGGGAGAUUCAGGGGGACCUCUUAUUUGUAACAACAAGGCACAGGGUAUCGUUGCUUUUAAUUAUCCUGAGAGAUGUGAUGAUUCCCGAUAUCCUCAUGUGUUCAUGAAAAUCCCUUUCUUUCUGCCCUGGAUUAAAGAGGUGUUGCACGGAUAUGGUGCCAACAUGUCUUUAGACAAGCAGGAAUAAAGGACUAGGAAGUACAUUGAUUAUAGUGUACUUAACAUAAUGGUAUCUAUUCCCAGGAAGUACAUUGAUUAUAGUGUACUAACAUAAUGGUAUCUAUUCCUAGGAAGUACAUUGAUUAUAGUGUACUAACAUAAUGGUAUCUAUUCCUAGGAAGUACAUUGAUUAUAGUGUACUAACAUAAUGGUAUCUAUUCCUAGGAAGUACAUUGAUUAUAGUGUACUGACAUAAUGGUAUCUAUUCCUGCAUAAAUACACUUCUCAUUAUGCCCUGGAUAGAGGACAUGUUUCUGAUAAAGCUAAACCUUCAUCCGUUCAUAGUUGUUAGAGAGAGACAGAGAGGGAUUGUGUGUGUGUGUGUGUGUGUGUGUGUGUGUGUGUGUGUGUGUGUGUGUGUGUGUGUGUGUGUGUAGGCUCCGUGCAGUGUCGUACUGCAGGCUUAUGAAGGGUAUUGUGGCUCUUACUAAUUCAACAACAUGUGAUGAUCCUAAGUACCCCUGUGUUCACAUUAACAAUCAUUUGUUCGUCCUGGAUUUGAAGAGGUGAUCGUGGAUAUUGACAAUAAUGUCACAAAACUCAGUUCUAGAAUGCAUUAAUAGAUACAUUUUAACAUGUUGUGUUCUAAUACAAAUGACUGUAUUUCUGCAUUGUACACCUUGUCUGUUGUACACCUGUAUACCUUAAGAAACAGGAAAUACAUUUCUCAACAGAUUUUUAUUUUGUUUACAUUUGAAACUGUAUUAUUCAGAUGGGCACAGCUAUCCAGUGCUGCCCCCUAAUCACUGCUUUUCACUGUAGUUACAACGUUCAUUAUUAAAUCAAACGUUUUCUAAAGAUA